CCUCCGUCCGUUGUCAUAAACCGGAGUUAACUAACAGUCUGUAAAGCCUUUCUGUGGGAUACUUAUUAGGAUUUCGUUGGCCAGCAUGUGUGGAUGAACUUGCUUUCGUGACCUCAUCGUCUGUUAGCCGAGGAUGCUAAAAGAAGUUAGCGUAGCUUGCCAACAGGAAACGGCUGGAGACGGAAGUGGGUGUCACAGUGCUGGUCGGAGUCGCGUCCAUAGAGACCAGACUGUCUUUUACACGGAGCCAAAGUGCCCAGACAGAACUGUCUGAAUAUGAAAAUAUUAAACAUUUGAAUUCUUCUGCGGUGUCCUGCGAAGCUAAUGGCGCUAAGUUAGCCUGCUAGCUGGAAAGAGACGGAGGUGAACGGGAUCUGUUUCUCUGGAGGGAAAGUUGGUGCUGUGAGUUUGUAAAAAUGUCUAAAGUCCAAACGCUGAGAGCUUUUGUCAACCAGCGACUCACUUUGGCCGCUGAAGAGAUUUUUGAGCUGUUUGAAAGAACGAUAGCAGACUACGAGGAGGAAGUUUGUCGACAACGCAAACUACUGGACGCUGUUCUCCAGCCUGAAGUCCGCUUACACAGAGCCGACGUGGAGCUGCGGUCGGUGAGUGAAGGAGAGGAUCCCCCUGAGCGGCAGGACUGGAGCCCCAGUCUGGUCCAGGAGGAUCCACCAGAGCUGCCACACAUUAAAGAGGAACAGGAGGAACUGUGGACCGGUCAGGAGGGAGAGCAGCUUCGAGGGCCGGAGGAGGCUGAUGUCAUGGAGGCCACGUUCACUCCUGUCUCUGUGAAGAGUGAAGAAGACGAUGAAGAGAAACCUCAGUCCUCUCAGCUUCAUCAAAGACAGACUGAAGAGAUGAAAACAGAAGCUGAUGGAGAGGACUGUGGAGGACCAGAACCAGCCAGGAGCUCAGAUCCAGAUACCCAACCAGAUACUGACCACAAGAGUUCAACCUCCUCUGACUGUGAGACUGAUGACAUCUGUGACUGGGAGGACAGCAGAGAACCUCGGUCAGGUUUAAACCCUCUGCAGGACAAUGAAGGACAUCAGCAGAAACACAAUGGACUCCAAACAGGAGAGAAACCAUUUAGCUGCUCAGUUUGUGGUAAAAAUUACCACUGGAAGAACUCGUUGACGGCUCACAUGAGGCUUCACUCAGAAGGAAAAGGUUUCAGCUGCUCAGUUUGUAAGAAGUCUUUUCCAUGGAGAGGGGAGAUCGUCAGGCACAUGAGGAUCCACACGGGAGAGAAACCCUUCAGUUGCACCGUCUGUGGUAAAAGAUUUGCACAAAGUUCAGCUCUGACCUCACAUUUACGAGGUCACACGGGAGAAAAACCUUUCAGCUGCUCGGUUUGCAAAGUCCGUUUCAGUCGCAGAAACUAUUUGUCCCAACACAUGAGGAUGCACACCGGAGAGAAGCCCUUCAUUUGUUCUGUCUGUGGGAAAGGAUUCACACAAAGCUCAGCUCUGACCUCACAUUUACGAGGUCACACGGGAGAAAAACCUUUCAGCUGCUCGGUCUGUCACACAAGUUUUAGUCGCAGAAACUAUUUGUCCCAACACAUGAGGUUGCACACCGGGGAAAAACCAUUUAGUUGUUCAGUCUGUGGUAAAAGAUUUGCACAAAGCUCAGCUCUGACCUCACAUUUACGAGGUCACACGGGAGAAAAACCUUUCAGCUGCUCGGUUUGCAAAGUCCGUUUCAGUCGCAGAAACUAUUUGUCCCAACACAUGAGGAUGCACACCGGGGAAAAACCAUUUAGUUGCACCGUCUGUGGUGGAAGAUUCACACAAAAAUCAACCCUGAACUCACAUUUAAAACUUCACACCGGAGAAAAACCUUUCAGCUGCUCGGUCUGUCAGGCGGCUUUCAGUCGCCGCAGCCAUUUGUCCCAACACAUGACGACGCAUGCAGUCACAGUCCGUGGCGAUGAUUCUCAGGUGACAAAACAUUUCGGCCUUGUUCAGACUGCAGGCGCAUCGCAUGUGUAAGACAGACUGUCAGCUGGGUGUUUUGGAAGCCAUACAGCUCGACUGUACACUGACGUGAGGUAACUCCAAACUGUACUCAGCUGGAGUACUUCAGUGCACGUGUUUACUGCAAACUUGUGUUGUCAAAUUAAAUACAGUUUGGUGUUGA